UUGCCAUCAAAUUGGGUACGGAUUUCGAUUCUUUUUUAUCUGUGGUAUUAAUUACCCAUUUAGGAAGAUCUCCUGAGAUUUCAAAUUUUUGGCCUUUUUGGAUUCAUUUAAUUCAGGGAAAGUGUUUAUUCAAUUGGGUAUUUGGAGAAAAGUUUUGAAAUUUUCAUAUCUGGAUUCCUGAGUUUUCUCUGCAGUUUCCAUAAAGGGAAGAAGGGUCUUCUAGAAUUUUCCUCAGAAGAUCAGAUUUUGAUCUUUCUGUGCACAUUUUUGGGUACAAAUCCGGGUGUCUAGAUUGCUUUCAUCGAUUUCUUCUGGCCAAAUGAUAAUGUAUAUCAUAUGAACUGAAAGUAAAAACUUACAUGUAGCAGUUCUUAAACAUCACAGAGUAGCCAGGAUUUUGUUGAUUUUCAUGGGGAAUUGCUGUGCGAGACCUUCAUCAGCUUCUCAACGUCAUGAGAAAAAGAAGAAGGAAGGCAAGGGGAAGCAGAACCCGUCUGCCAUUAAUUAUGAUCAGCGCGGCAACGGAGGAUACAAGUUGCGCGUCUUGAAGGAGCCAACAGGAAGCGAAAUUGAGCAGAGAUAUAAACUGGGACGCGAGCUUGGCCGAGGAGAAUUUGGGAUCACCCAUCUUUGUACAGACAAGGAAACAGGUGAAAAUUUGGCUUGCAAAUCAAUAUCCAAGAAUAAGCUGAGGACUGCCGUUGAUAUAGAAGAUGUGAGAAGAGAAGUGGAAAUCAUGAAGCAUUUGCCUUCACACCCAAAUAUUAUGAGCUUGAAAGAUACGUAUGAGGAUGAUAACGCUGUGCAUUUGGUGAUGGAGUUAUGUGAGGGAGGUGAAUUGUUUGAUAGGAUUACUGCCAGGGGACGUUACACUGAGAGGGCUGCUGCUGCGGUUAUAAAGACCAUUGUGGAGGUUGUUCAGUUUUGCCACAAGCAUGGAGUGAUGCAUAGGGAUCUCAAACCUGAGAACUUUUUGUUUGCAAACAAGAAGGAAACAGCACCUUUGAAGGCAAUUGACUUUGGAUUAUCAGUGUUCUUUAAGCCUGGUGAAAGAUUUACCGAGAUAGUUGGAAGUCCAUACUAUAUGGCUCCUGAGGUGCUAAAACGAAAUUAUGGCCCAGAAGUUGAUGUCUGGAGUGCUGGUGUGAUCCUUUACAUCUUACUUUGUGGUGUUCCACCAUUUUGGGCAGAUACUGAACAGGGAGUUGCACAAGCAAUUAUUAGGUCUGUGAUUAAUUUUAAGAGGGAUCCUUGGCCUAAGCUUUCGGAGAAUGCAAAAGACCUUGUAACGAAGAUGCUUGAUCCAGAUCCUAACCGUCGGCUUACAGCUCAUCAAGUGCUAGAUCAUCCUUGGUUGCAAAAUGCAGAGAAGGCUGUGGAUGUUUCCUUGGGUGAAACCGUGAAGGCAAGGCUCAAGCAGUUCUCUGUACUGAACAAGCUCAAAAAAAGAGCUUUAAGGGUAAUAGCUGAGCAUCUAUCAGUGGAAGAAGUAGCUGGCAUUAAGGAAAAAUUCAAAAUGAUGGACACUGGCAAUAAGGGCAAGAUUGAUACUGAUGAUCUAAGGGUCGGGUUGCAGAAACUUGGUCAAAAUGUUCCCGAUGCAGAUAUUCAGAUUCUGAUGGAAGCUGGUGAUGGUGAUAGAGAUGGAUAUCUAGAUUACAGAGAGUUUUGUGUCAUAUCCAUUUACCUAAGAAAGAUAGGCAUCGACGAGCACCUUAAAAAGGCUUUUGAAUUCUUUGAUCAAAACAAAAGUGGGUAUAUAGAGAUUGAAGAACUAAGAGAUGCUCUGGCUGAUGAAGUUGACACAGACAGUGAAGAAGUCAUUACUGCCAUCAUGCAUGAUGUGGACACAGACAGGGAUGGAAGAAUAAGUUACAGCGAGUUUUCUGUGAUGAUGAAAGCUGGUACAGAUUGGAGGAAAGCAUCAAGGCAGUAUUCACGAGAGCGGUUCAACAAUCUAAGUCUAAAAUUGCUGAGGGAUGGAUCAUUGCCGAUGAGAAAUGAUAGUGCAUAACUCACCAGAGGCACAAGGUAAAUGUUUAGAAAUGAAUAGUUAUAAAGAAAAAACGAAAUGAAUAGUUAUACAGAAAAAAGGCUACUUUUUUUGUUUAGCUUUCUAAGGAAAAAAAAAAGCUUAUUAUAAUAGUUUGUGUCUUAGGAUUCAAUGCAGUUUAGAUUUUUAACAGAAGUUUUGUGAGAUAAAGUUGUUACUCCUUAAACCCUCUGUGUGCUUGGGAAGUUAAAUAAUCCAACAUUUACAACCCAUAAUUCAAGAAAAUGGGCUUCAUUAU